UGCCGACGACUCUGACGCUCCGAGCUAGCAUUUCGACGCACCCACCCUUCCUUCUCAAAUUCAAAACAGUCAACCCAGGGAAAAAGAAACGCCGGUAGAAGAAGAGAGGGAGAGAGAGAUAUAGAGACAGGGCGGAGGCGGUGACGGGCAUGCCGACCGCCGCCGCUUUCCUCCCUCGGGCUCUGUUCGCUUCGCGACCUCGCCAUCCGCCCUUGCUCGCCUCCCGGCCGACUAGGCUUCCUUCUUCUUCUUCUCCUUCCUCUCGCCUUGGUUUCUUGAGGCCUCGUCGCUUCCUCGUCCUCGUCGCCGCCUCCGCCUCCGCCUCUUCCUUCGAUGAGCUCAAUGCCAAGGGCAAAUCCGAUCGCCGCAUCUCGAAGAAAUCCAUCCUCUCAAAUUUGAUACAAGAAAUAGAGCCUUUGGAUGUGAGUCUGAUCCAAAAAGAUGUCCCAGCUGAUACAGUGGAUGCAAUGAAGAGAACAAUAUCAGGCAUGCUGGGUCUGCUCCCAUCUGACCAGUUUCAUGUCCUCGUGGAAGCAUUUUGGGAUCCCCUCUUCAAGUUAUUGGUUUCUUCAAUGAUGACAGGGUAUACCUUGCGAAAUGCUGAAUAUAGGCUAUGCCUUGAAAGAAUCCUAGAUGUAUAUGAUGAACGUGCUGAAAAAAGAAAAACAGAAAUUGUAGAAGUGGAUAAUCAUGAGAAGUUUGCGGAUAGAACUACGACAAUGUUCAAUUUUUCUUUAGAGCAUAAUCUGUUACCCAACCUUGAGAACAAUGAAGACCAGCCAAAAUGUGAGAAUACAGGAGUUGAAGGUCUUGGGGAAAUGACUUCAGAAGCUCAAGAAUAUAUUCUUUACCUACAAUCUCAUCUAAAUUCUGUGAAAAAGGAACUGCGUGACAUCAAAAGGCAAAACUCUGCGCUACAAAUGCAACACUUUGUAGGAGAAGAAAAGAAUGACUUGUUGGACUAUUUAAGAUCGCUACAACCUGAGAAGGUUGCUGAACUUUCUGAACCAACCUGCCCUGGGGUGGAGGAGACCAUCCACUCUGUUGUCCAUGGCCUCCUUGCAACUCUUUCUCCAAAAAUACAUUCGAUGCCUUCUCCUCAAUCUGACAAUGCCAUAGGUGGAACCUUAAAUGUUGGAAAGGAUGACUGUGCAGAACUUGUCGAGAACAAUUCCCUUCAAUUUCAACCCCUAAUAUCGGUCCCACGGGAUUAUCUUGCACGGCUUCUGUUCUGGUGCAUGCUUUUGGGCCACUACCUUAGAGGUCUGGAGUACCGGUUAGAGCUGAUGCAACUUUUUACUAUCUCUGGUGAUACAGAAUCGGUUUCUCAAAACAGUGAUUAAAAUGUUGCUUGACAGCUGAUUCCAAGUUCAUCUCAGAGAUGCGUGCUAAACGAGCCACUUUGUCCUAUAUUGUUGCACUGAAAAGGAUCACGGAGAUCAUAGUUGGAUGAUUGCAAGAUACAACCAAGGCAAGCACUUGACUUUCGGCAGUGUUUGGUUGUGGGAAAUCAGUAAGGUGCAUGUUUUGAAUUGAAUGAUUUCGUGUACUCCAUCAUCUUAGGGAAUGCUCGUUGAGAGAUGCUACACUUAAAUAUGCAGAUCUGACCACCUGUAGUACAUGACAAUUGUAAAUUUUAUUGUCCGGUUUCUGACUACCCAUGUUAUGCUCAAGCUGCGUUUUUUUUUUUUUUUCAAUUUGAAUUGUGAAGCUGAAGCUGCACCAGCGGUGGUCCGAUGGAUUUUGUUAACCAGGGAUUUGUUCUCAGGUAGUCAGUAAUGUGGUCAAUAUGUUAUCGAGUUCUUUUUGUUUUUCCAUGUAUAUGUCAUAUAUGACAUUAUAAUGUACGCACCAAGAGCGCUUGAUGCUACCUGUUUUGGUAAAUCCAGCUUGGGGAAAAAAAUACAUCUGUGCUGUUUCUACA